AUGGUGACAAGUGGCGCGCGGAGGAGUCCGGGAUUAUAAAUGGUCGCAGCUGCAACCGGCUCGCUGGGGACCGGGCUCUCCCGCGAUCCGCACGGGGAAGCGCAUGAGAGCCGAUGAGAGCCGCCCCCUGAGCCGCGCCCGCCGCCCCCAGGACCCAUGUGCGCCCGGAAGGAAUGAAGCAUGGAUGUGAAGGAGCGGAGGCCCUACUGCUCCCUGACCAAGGGCAGGCGCGAGAAGGAGCGGCGGCACACCAACUCCUCGGCCGACAACGAGGAGUGUAGGGUGCCCACGCAGAAGUCCUACAGCUCCAGCGAGACGCUCAAGGCCUUCGACCACGACUCCUCCCGGCUGCUCUACGGGAACAGAGUGAAGGACCUGGUUCACCGGGAAGCGGAUGAGUACAGCAGACAAGGACAGAAUUUUACCCUAAGGCAGUUAGGCGUGUGUGAACCAGCAACUCGAAGAGGACUGGCCUUUUGUGCGGAAAUGGGGCUGCCCCACAGAGGUUACUCUCUCAGUGCAGGGUCCGACGCCGACACCGAGAACGAAGCCGUGAUGUCCCCGGAGCACGCCAUGCGGCUGUGGGGCCGGGGCGUCAAGUCCGGCCGCAGCUCCUGCCUGUCCAGCCGGUCCAACUCGGCCCUCACCCUCACCGACACGGAGCACGAGAACAAGUCGGACAGCGAGAGCGAGCAACCUGCCAACAGCCAAGGCCAGUCCACCCUGCAGCCGCUGCCCCCGCCCCACAAGCAGCACGCGGCCCAGCACCACCCGUCCAUCACCUCCCUCAACAGAAACUCCCUGACGAACAGGAGGAACCAGAGUCCGGCCCCGCCGGCUGCGCUGCCCGCCGAGCUGCAAACCACACCCGAGUCCGUCCAGCUGCAGGACAGCUGGGUCCUUGGCAGUAAUGUCCCACUGGAAAGCAGGCAUUUCCUAUUCAAAACAGGGACGGGGACCACGCCACUGUUCAGCACCGCGACCCCGGGAUACACCAUGGCUUCGGGCUCCGUGUACUCGCCGCCUACCCGGCCGCUGCCCAGAAACACGCUGUCGAGAAGCGCUUUCAAGUUCAAGAAGUCCUCCAAGUACUGCAGCUGGAAGUGCACGGCCCUGUGCGCCGUAGGCGUGUCCGUACUCCUGGCCGUGCUCCUGUCCUACUUCAUAGCAAUCCACUUAUACUUUUCAAACUUCCAUGGAAACCAGACCCAAAAUAAUACUUUCAGUCGACUCCCAGCUUCUUCUGAUACUCUCCCACGCCCUCCGGUCAGUCCUCCUUCUGGAACAGAGGGAAAAUUGGGCGGAUUCACGCAAGAAAAUAACACCAUAGAUUCCGGAGAACUUGAUAUCGGCCGAAGAGCGAUUCAAGAGGUGCCUCCCGGUGUCUUCUGGAGAUCACAGCUCUUUAUCGAUCAGCCACAGUUUCUGAAAUUCAAUAUCUCUCUUCAGAAGGAUGCAUUGAUUGGAGUAUACGGCCGAAAAGGCUUGCCACCUUCCCAUACUCAGUACGACUUUGUUGAGCUCCUGGAUGGCAGCAGGUUGAUCGCGAGAGAGCGGAACCUUCUGGAAUCAGAGCGAGCCGGGCGGCGGGCACGGUCUGUGAGUCUUCACGAGGCCGGCUUCAUCCAGUACCUGGAUUCUGGCAUCUGGCACCUGGCCUUCUACAACGACGGGAAGAACGCGGAGCAGGUGUCCUUUAACACCAUCGUCAUAGAGUCCGUGGUGGAAUGCCCCCGAAAUUGCCAUGGAAACGGAGAGUGUGUGUCUGGCACUUGCCAUUGUUUCCCGGGAUUUCUGGGUCCGGAUUGUUCGAGAGCAGCCUGCCCCGUGCUGUGCAGCGGCAACGGGCAGUACUCCAAGGGCCGCUGCCUGUGCUUCAGCGGCUGGAAGGGCACCGAGUGCGACGUGCCCACCACGCAGUGCAUCGACCCGCAGUGCGGGGGCCGCGGCAUCUGCAUCAUGGGCUCCUGUGCCUGCAACUCGGGGUACAAAGGCGAGAACUGCGAGGAAGCUGACUGUCUGGACCCUGGCUGUUCGAACCACGGUGUGUGCAUCCAUGGCGAGUGCCACUGCAACCCGGGCUGGGGCGGAAGCAACUGUGAGAUCCUGAAGACCAUGUGUCCGGACCAGUGCUCCGGGCACGGGACGUACCUUCAGGAAAGCGGCUCCUGCACCUGUGACCCUAACUGGACCGGCCCAGACUGCUCAAAUGAAAUAUGCUCCGUGGACUGCGGCUCACACGGGGUCUGCAUGGGGGGCACGUGUCGCUGCGAAGAAGGCUGGACGGGCCCCGCGUGCAAUCAGAGAGCCUGCCACCCUCGCUGCGCGGAGCACGGGACCUGCAAGGACGGCAAGUGCGAGUGCAGCCAGGGCUGGAACGGGGAGCACUGCACCAUCGAGGGCUGCCCCGGGCUGUGCAACAGCAACGGCAGGUGCACGCUGGACCAGAACGGCUGGCACUGCGUCUGCCAGCCAGGCUGGCGAGGAGCGGGCUGCGACGUGGCCAUGGAGACCCUCUGCACGGACAGCAAGGACAACGAAGGAGACGGCCUCACCGACUGCAUGGACCCCGACUGCUGCUUACAGAGCUCCUGCCAAAACCAGCCGUACUGCCGCGGGCGGCCUGACCCGCAGGACGUCAUCGGCCAGAGCCCGCAGUCCCCGUCCCAGCAGGCGGCCAAGUCCUUCUACGAGCGCAUCGGCUUCCUCACUGGGGCCGAGAGCACCCACGUGAUCCCCGGAGAGAGUCCUUUCAACAAGAGCCUCGCAUCCGUCAUCAGAGGCCAAGUGCUAACUGCGGACGGGACGCCACUCAUUGGAGUCAACGUCUCGUUUUUCCAUUACCCAGAGUACGGCUACACCAUCACCCGGCAGGAUGGCAUGUUUGACUUGGUGGCAAAUGGUGGCGCCUCUCUCACUCUGGUGUUUGAGCGAUCCCCGUUCCUCACUCAGUACCACACCGUGUGGAUCCCCUGGAACGUCUUCUAUGUGAUGGACACCCUGGUCAUGAAGAAAGAGGAGAAUGACAUCCCCAGCUGUGAUCUGAGUGGGUUUGUGAGGCCAAAUCCUAUCAUCGUGUCAUCGCCUUUAUCCACCUUCUUCAGGUCUUCUCCUGAGGACAGUCCCAUCAUCCCUGAAACGCAGGUGCUCCAUGAAGAAACCACAAUCCCGGGGACAGACCUGAGGCUGUCCUACCUGAGCUCCAGAGCUGCCGGGUACAAGUCCGUCCUCAAGGUCACCAUGACGCAGGCCGUGAUACCCUUCAACCUGAUGAAGGUCCACCUCAUGGUGGCUGUCGUAGGAAGACUCUUUCAGAAGUGGUUUCCCGCCUCACCCAACUUGGCCUACACCUUCAUAUGGGAUAAAACAGACGCGUAUAAUCAGAAGGUCUACGGUCUGUCUGAAGCUGUCGUAUCGGUGGGAUAUGAGUACGAGUCGUGCUUGGACCUGACCCUGUGGGAGAAGAGAACUGCCAUUUUGCAAGGCUAUGAACUGGAUGCCUCCAACAUGGGCGGCUGGACGCUGGAUAAGCAUCACGUGUUGGAUGUUCAGAACGGUAAGGUCUUCAGCAACCCAGCUCAUAGAUACUACCUGGCCACCGACCCCGUCACCGGAGACUUGUACGUUUCGGACACUAACACCCGCAGGAUUUAUCGCCCCAAGUCGCUGACGGGGGCGAAGGACUUGACGAAAAAUGCUGACGUGGUCGCGGGGACAGGGGAGCAAUGCCUGCCCUUCGAUGAAGCCAGAUGUGGGGACGGAGGCAAGGCUGUGGAGGCGACACUCAUGAGUCCCAAAGGCAUGGCAAUUGAUAAGAAUGGAUUGAUCUACUUCGUUGAUGGGACCAUGAUCAGAAAAGUUGAUCAGAACGGAAUCAUCUCGACCCUCCUGGGCUCCAAUGACCUGACGUCAGCCAGACCUUUAACCUGUGACACGAGCAUGCACAUCAGCCAGGUGCGUCUGGAGUGGCCCACUGACCUCGCCAUUAACCCCAUGGACAACUCCAUCUACGUGCUGGACAACAACGUGGUCCUGCAGAUCACCGAGAACCGCCAGGUGCGCAUCGCCGCCGGGCGGCCCAUGCACUGCCAGGUCCCGGGGGUGGAGUACUCCGUGGGCAAGCACGCGGUCCAGACGACGCUGGAAUCCGCCACGGCCAUCGCCGUGUCCUACAGCGGGGUCCUGUACAUCACGGAAACCGACGAAAAGAAAAUCAACCGCAUACGGCAGGUCACGACCGACGGGGAGAUCUCCUUGGUGGCCGGGAUACCGUCGGAGUGUGACUGCAAAAACGACGCCAACUGCGACUGCUAUCAGACUGGCGACGGCUAUGCCAAAGAUGCCAAACUCAGCGCCCCGUCGUCCCUCGCUGCGUCUCCGGAUGGCACCCUGUACAUCGCGGAUCUGGGGAACAUUCGCAUCCGGGCGGUGUCCAAGAACAAGCCUUUCCUCAACUCCAUGAACUUCUAUGAAGUGGCCUCUCCGACCGAUCAGGAACUCUACAUCUUCGACAUCAACGGCACUCACCAGUACACCGUGAGCCUGGUCACGGGGGACUACCUGUACAACUUCAGCUACAGCAACGACAACGACAUCACCGCCGUGACCGACAGCAACGGCAACACCCUCCGCAUUAGGCGGGACCCCAACCGGAUGCCGGUCCGAGUGGUGUCUCCGGACAACCAGGUGAUAUGGCUGACCAUAGGCACCAAUGGGUGUCUGAAGAGCAUGACCGCGCAAGGGCUGGAAUUGGUUUUGUUCACUUACCACGGCAACAGCGGCCUGUUGGCCACCAAAAGCGAUGAAACCGGAUGGACAACGUUCUUUGACUACGACAGCGAAGGUCGCCUGACAAACGUCACCUUCCCGACGGGAGUGGUCACCAACCUCCAUGGCGACAUGGACAGGGCCAUCACCGUGGACCUGGAGUCGUCCAGCCGAGACGAGGAUGUCAGCAUCACUUCCAACCUGUCCUCCAUCGACUCUUUCUACACCAUGGUUCAAGACCAGCUGAGAAACAGCUACCAGAUCGGCUACGACGGCUCCCUGAGGAUCAUCUACGCCAGCGGGCUCGACUCCCACUACCAGACGGAGCCGCACGUGCUGGCCGGCACGGCCAACCCAACCAUGGCCAAGAGGAACAUGACCCUCCCCGGGGAGAACGGCCAGAACCUGGUGGAGUGGAGGUUCCGGAAGGAGCAAGCCCAAGGAAAAGUCAACGUCUUUGGCCGGAAGCUCAGGGUCAACGGCAGGAACCUCCUUUCCGUCGACUUCGAUCGGACCACAAAGACGGAAAAGAUCUACGACGACCACCGCAAGUUCCUACUGAGGAUCGCCUACGACACGUCGGGGCACCCGACGCUCUGGCUGCCCAGCAGCAAGCUGAUGGCCGUCAACGUCACCUACUCGUCCACGGGGCAGAUCGCCAGCAUCCAGCGGGGCACCACCAGCGAGAAGGUGGACUACGACGGGCAGGGGCGCAUCGUGUCGCGGGUCUUCGCGGAUGGCAAAACGUGGAGUUACACGUACUUGGAAAAGUCCAUGGUGCUCCUGCUGCACAGCCAGCGCCAGUACAUCUUCGAAUACGACCUGUGGGACCGGCUGUCGGCCAUCACCAUGCCCAGCGUGGCGCGCCACACCAUGCAGACCAUCCGCUCCAUCGGCUACUACCGCAACAUCUACAACCCGCCGGAGAGCAACGCCUCGGUCAUCACCGACUACAACGAGGAGGGGCUGCUGCUGCAGACGGCCUUCCUGGGCACCAGCCGGCGGGUCCUGUUCAAGUACCGCAGGCAGACCCGGCUCUCAGAGAUCCUGUACGACAGCACGCGGGUCAGCUUCACCUACGACGAGGCGGCGGGCGUCCUGAAGACGGUGAACCUGCAGAGCGACGGCUUCAUCUGCACCAUCCGGUACCGGCAGAUCGGCCCCCUGAUCGACAGGCAGAUCUUCCGCUUCAGCGAGGACGGGAUGGUCAACGCGCGCUUCGACUACAGCUACGACAACAGCUUCCGCGUGACCAGCAUGCAGGGGGUCAUCAACGAGACGCCGCUGCCCAUCGACCUCUACCAGUUCGAUGACAUUUCCGGCAAAGUCGAGCAGUUUGGGAAGUUCGGCGUCAUCUACUACGACAUCAACCAGAUCAUCUCCACGGCCGUGAUGACGUACACGAAGCACUUCGACGCCCACGGCCGCAUCAAGGAGAUUCAGUACGAGAUCUUCCGGUCCCUCAUGUACUGGAUCACCAUCCAGUACGACAACAUGGGCCGGGUCACCAAGAGAGAGAUCAAAAUCGGGCCCUUCGCCAACACCACCAAGUACGCCUACGAGUACGACGUGGACGGCCAGCUGCAGACCGUGUAUCUCAACGAGAAGAUCAUGUGGCGCUACAACUACGACCUGAACGGGAACCUCCACCUGCUGAACCCCAGCAACAGCGCGCGCUUGACCCCGCUCCGCUACGACCUGCGAGACAGGAUCACCCGCCUGGGGGACGUCCAGUACCGGCUGGAUGAAGACGGCUUCCUGCGGCAGAGAGGCACGGAGAUCUUCGAGUACAGCUCCAAGGGGCUCCUCACGCGGGUUUACAGCAAAGGCAGCGGCUGGACCGUCAUCUAUCGGUACGACGGCCUGGGAAGGCGCGUUUCCAGCAAAACCAGCCUGGGGCAGCACCUGCAGUUUUUCUACGCCGACCUCAUCUACCCCACGAGGAUCACGCACGUCUACAACCACUCGAGCUCAGAGAUCACCUCCCUCUAUUACGAUCUCCAGGGACAUCUGUUUGCCAUGGAAAUCAGCAGCGGGGAUGAGUUCUACAUCGCCUCGGACAACACCGGGACGCCGCUGGCUGUUUUCAGUAGCAACGGGCUCAUGCUCAAGCAGAUCCAGUACACCGCCUACGGCGAAAUCUACUUCGACUCCAAUAUUGACUUCCAGCUGGUCAUUGGGUUUCACGGUGGCCUGUAUGACCCACUCACAAAACUGAUCCACUUCGGAGAAAGGGAUUACGACAUUUUGGCAGGACGGUGGACGACGCCUGACAUAGAAAUCUGGAGGAGAAUCGGGAGGGACCCGGCUCCUUUCAACCUGUACAUGUUCAGGAAUAACAAUCCUGCAAGCAAAAUCCAUGACGUGAAAGACUACAUCACAGAUGUUAACAGCUGGCUGGUGACCUUUGGCUUCCACCUGCACAACGCGAUCCCUGGGUUCCCCGUCCCCAAGUUUGACCUGACGGAGCCUUCCUACGAACUGGUGAAGAGUCAGCAGUGGGACGAUGUCCCGCCCAUUUUUGGAGUCCAGCAACAAGUGGCGCGGCAGGCCAAGGCCUUCCUGUCCCUGGGGAAGAUGGCAGAGGUCCAGGUGAGCCGGCGCAAGGGCGGCGGCGCGCCGUCGUGGCUGUGGUUCGCCACCGUCAAGUCGCUGAUCGGCAAGGGCGUCAUGCUGGCCGUCAGCCAGGGCCGCGUGCAGACCAACGUGCUCAACAUCGCCAACGAGGACUGCAUCAAGGUGGCGGCCGUGCUCAACAACGCCUUCUACCUGGAGAACCUGCACUUCACCAUCGAGGGCAAGGACACGCACUACUUCAUCAAGACCAGCACGCCCGAGAGCGACCUGGGCACGCUGCGGCUGACCAGCGGCCGCAAGGCCCUGGAGAACGGCAUCAACGUGACCGUGUCGCAGUCCACCACCGUGGUCAACGGCAGGACGCGCAGGUUCGCCGACGUGGAGAUGCAGUUCGGCGCGCUGGCGCUGCACGUGCGCUACGAGAAGAGGCAGCUGCUGAGCGCGGGCAAGGUGCAGGGCUACGACGGCUACUACGUGCUGUCGGUGGAGCAGUACCCGGAGCUGGCCGACAGCGCCAACAACAUCCAGUUCCUGCGGCAGAGCGAGAUCGGCAAGAGGUAACCCCUUCCCCGCGGGGACGGGGACAGCCAGCGGGAGGGGGCGCGCGGCCCGCCGAACCCCCCCACGGCUCAGAUCUGUCUGUAGCACAAUCCGACUGGGACUCUCGGGCGCAGAAGAGCCUUCCUCCAGAAUGAGACCGCUAUUUUGAAAAAAAAAAAAAAAACAUUUCACGGAAAAAAAAUUAAAACAAAAAAAAACAGAACCCCUUUUCUGAAUGACCUUAAAGGUGAUCGGCUUUAAAGAAUAUGUUUACAUAUGCAUAUCGCUGCACUCAGUUGGACUGAAGGUGUGAAUAAAAGGAACAAAUAACAAGAGGACGGACGAACAGGCCUAACCGUUUUGCCCUGGGCCAUCUGGUCCUUUGAGGCCCUGUAUCUAAGAGGGUACAAAUGCGUACAGUGUCUCCAAAUACCACCACGUUGUCGACCUUUGCUUACAAGGAAGUAGUCUCUGCAUAGGAUGUGAUAUAUAUCUGUGUUCAUUUUAAAAUGUGGGGCGAAAUUACAGUUUAUAGACAACCAUAUGCUCUCCCGUGCUGCUUUCUACAAGGACAUGGGCACACGUGACUUCUGCUCCGAGGGGAAUUCCUGCUGCAUUUCCCAAUGCUCUGGUGGUUUGCCUCAGGGGCAAAAAAAAAAAACAAAAAACUGGCAAAUACCAUCCUUGUCCCUGAUAAGCAAAGGAAACCCUGAUUUUUUGUAAAUUAUGUGAGACAGUUGUUUAUGGAUUUUUAUAUGAAUUACAAUUUACUGUACAUCAAAUAUUAGUCUCAGAGGAGUUAAUUUAUGUAAAGUGUUUAAAAAGUUUAUACUUAAAAAUAAAAUGAUAAAAACAUGUGAACCGUGUGAUUUUUUUAAAAAAAAAGGAUUGCACCUUUUGUUAUCGGUUAUAGCUGUACAGUAUAAAUUAUUAUAUUGUAGAGAUAUAACGACUUAUGCCUAUAAUGUCCAGAAGUGUUAAUAUUUUUGUAUUAGGUUGAAGAAACGUGCAGCUUUCUAUCACUAGAUGGGUAGGACAGUGCAAUCCGAGGUGGGUGGCGAACCAGAGAACUGCUCCUUCCUUUUCCCUCUCUCUCAGGCCAGUGUCCUCACCACGAGCAACUGAGAGGCACAGUAGAAAACUAAGGCUGGUGGAAUGUAACGGAAGAUACGAAAUUAAAAAAAAAAAAAACACACAGAACAGGCAGGUGUUCCAGCUGCUGUCCCUGGGCCCUAAAGGUCAGUGGGGGGUUGAUAUAAUCUAACCACAGGGUUUUUAAGGUUCCUUCCAGCUCCAUUUCUUGAUGGAGGUGAGAGACCACAUCAGGUGCUCCAGGAAACUGUGAGAAGGAAAGGAUCUGAUGUGGCCAAGACCAUAAACAUGUGUCUUAAAAUCUAGGAAAGACAGCAAAAACCCAGCAGGUGGGAGAGAGCCAGAUGGGGUAGAUCGGGGUCAUUCUGCUAGUCUUGGGUGUGGACCCCAGGGUCACCAGGAGGGACACCAGAGGCGAGACCAAAGCUCCCGUGCCCAAGCCCACAGGCCCCAGCCACCUCGGGAGCUGAUUUGAACAGCUCCUUUGCCCCGUCGGGGGAGCCGGUGGCAGAUGCAGCUGGAGGUGAACCGACCGCCGUGCCCUCCUACACAGGUGUGCGUGGGCCCAGCACAGCCGCCGGCUGCACCUCCGUGCCCGCUCGGCCGCUCUCGCAAACCUCUUUCGUGAGCACUAAAUUCAGCCACAGAAAUAUUUUUAGAAAAGAUUUCCCAGUUCAUUGAGCUAUAGUACACACUGUUUCCCUCUCUGUAUAAUGGUGAUAAAAUAUAGCAAGUGAACAUGUCGUAACUAUAAAGGUUCAAGUGAUGUAUUGAAAAUAAUUUUCUAACUGCUUUGUAUGUAUCACAUACUCGAACUUGCACAGUAGGCGUGUUUCUUAAACAGAUUUGGCUGGGAAAAGUCUCGAAAUAGCUACUGACUUUACCGUCUCAGUGCUAUGACUGUGUGUGUUUGGUAGAGCAUACUGAGGUAAUUAAUCUCCUAAUGAAUGCUGAUAUUUUAUUAGAAUGAAAGCACAGAUUAGCAUUGAUAUUUUUUAUCCUGGAGAUCCUUUGGCGAGUAUGACGAAGCCCCAACUUAGAAAACUAUGAGAUUUCAGACCACACCAACAUGGCUGUUGCCCGUUUUCUUUUUUAGCUGUUAACCUAGGUGUCUGCAGUUCUGCAGGGGGCAGCUCUGCAGGACUGUGUAGCAUGCUGUACGUACUUUUGGUUGAAAUGGGCUCUGAGUCUAGGUGCUCGGAAAUGCUCCUGAUGUAAUGACCGUGAGCAGCUUGUGCCGCAUCUCAGCAGUGAAACCCUAAUCUUACCCCCUUCCCCACAUGGACCGGUCCGCCCCACUGGCCCCAUGACUGACAGAUUUACAGUCUCUCCUGGUGCUUAUUUUAGAUGAAGUCAAAUCAACCCAAUUAGUGUCUUGUUCGUAGGUAUAAUGAGCCUAUUUCUUUCUUAAAAAAAAAAAAAAAAAAAGAUUUGUGAUCUGGACGUGCUUUUCCGAGCAACAGUGACCUUGGGGAAUAUGUAAACAAAAGACCGUUUUCUAAGGGUUGAGGGUGCGGGGGGACUGUGUCAUGAAAAAGAAUUAGCGGACAGGAAAAAAAAUUGAUAUUCAAAGUAUUUUAGGCAAAGCCAGUCCAAAUGCUUUCAUGAUAUUUUGAGAUGUAAAUUUUGUCUGAUUUGUAUUGUUCUUUUCAUUUGCCUUCUUAACUUUCUAUGUGACCUGAAUUUUCCAUAACUUGAUGACUAUAGAUUGCAUCUAGGCAUUCCAAUAAAAGCCAACCCGA